AUGCCUCCUGCUAUUCUAGGUGUCUUAGCAUGUCAGAGAGAUUCGUACUUGAAAACUUUGGUUUCUCGGGUUAUUUCGUGCGAGGAAGUUAAGGUGAGUCAGAUGAGUCAGGACUCUAAAUCGAAGGACUCGAAGAACUCGAAGAACUCGAAAUCCAAGAACUCAAAAAACUCAAAGAACUCAAAGAACUCUGAGAAGCCUGAAUCUGCUUCAGAUUUGCCAUUAACACCUCUUUAUGAAGUACAACUAGAAGACACCAUAUUGUUUCCUGAAGGUGGAGGUCAGCCUUCCGAUACUGGAUAUCUCGAAAUCGGAGAGUCUGCUCGUCAUAUUGCCGUCAAGGAAGUUAAAAGAGAGGAGUUGAAGGCUAUACAUGUGACUACCGAGCCCGUUGCUGUAGGAGAGAAUGUUACAAUGGUGGUUGACUGGGAGAGACGGUUUGAUCACAUGCAGCAGCAUACGGGACAGCAUUUACUUUCUGCUGUGUUAGAUAAACGUGAGUUGCCUACAUUGAGUUGGAAUAUGGGAGAAAUGAUCAACUACAUUGAAUUGCCCCGUAAAUUGACUGCUGAUGAAUUGAAAUCUAUAGGUAAAGAAGUUAAUGAUUACAUCACUGCUGCAAUUCCGAUCUAUGUGGAGGUUCCCGAUCAGAGCCCAGAGAAAUAUGAUAAGGAGAAGGGUCGAUUGAGAAUAGUUCAUAUUGGAAAAUUAGAUGCCAAUCCUUGCUGUGGAACCCAUAUGUGUUCUACUUCUCAGAUCAAGGCUAUUGCUUUACUCAACGAAGUUAGUGGAAAGGGUAGUAAUUCUAGACUCAAUUUCAUCUGUGGCGACCGUGUUAUCAAGUAUGCCGGACAUUCACAUCAAAUUUUGAAGGAAUUGGUCGGUUCUUUGACCUGUCAGCAAGAAAUGUUACCUGAAAAGGUGAGAACUUUAGCAAAAGAUAACCGCAAGUUACAGACCAGAGAAUCUAAUUUGUUGAAAGAGAUUGCCAUUUUUGAAGCUGAAGAGUUAAAGAGGAAAUUGCAAGACCAUAAAGUUGUGUAUCACCAUAGAUCUGAUGCCGACUUGGCUUAUAUUUUCCACAUUUUCAAGCAGAUGAGUCCAUUAGCUGAAGGCACAGUGGUCUUAUUAACAGGUGAGGCACAUCAGUCGGGAGCAGCCAUUGUAUUUGGAAACCAACUGGAUACUGUUUUACCUGGAUUAAAGGAACGGUUACCCAGCCUAAGAGGUGGAGGAAAGGACAAAUUUCAAGGUAAAGUGGCAUGUUACGAAAAGGGUCAAUUGGAGAGUGCUUUAAAAUAUUUAGAUUCGUUAGCGUAG